GAGUCAGAGAAGGCUGCACGCGGCGAGACAAAAUACACUCGAAAAGUCCCGGAGAGUGUUGGAGUAUAUUCAACAGUGUGAAGCCGAAGAUGAGAGGAAUCAAGCCUCCAAGAAAAGACGCAUCCAGAUGCUACUCUCGUCACAACAUUUCCGCCGCAAACCAUCGGUCUGGGCGCACAACCGAUCCUCGGAAUGGUGGGAUGUGAUUGUUCCCGGCUUCACCAACGAGCAGUGGGUGGAGAACUUCAGGAUGUCUGAAGAAACGUUUGGCUUCUUGACCAACAAACUGCGUCCAGUUUUGGAGCGGCAAGACACCAAUUUCCGCGGAUGUGUGCCCCUGAAGAAGAGAGUGGCCAUUGCACUGUGGAAGCUCGCUACUGGCUCCGAGUAUAGGAGUAUUGGACAUCUCUUUGGAGUCAGCAUCACAACUGUGUGCCGGUGUGUGCAGGAUUUUUGUGCUGCAGCAGAGACAUUGUUGGUGCCAGAACAAAUCCGUUAUCCAGACGAGGUGAAGUUCCACGAAAUGGCUACCUACAUUGAGAACAGGUGGGGGCUCCCACACUGUGUUGGUGCGAUCGAUGGAUCACACAUACCAAUCCUUGCACCACAGGACUAUCAUUGUGACUUCUUCAACCGUAAAGGCUGGCACUCCAUCCUCCUUCAAGGUGUUGUCGAUGGAAAGGGGCUGUUUUGGAACGUGUUUGCUGGACUGGCAGGGAGCAUGCAUGAUGCCAGGGUUCUGAGAGUGUCCAAACUUUGGGAGUUAGCCAGCCGAGGGAACCACUUCCCAGCUCGCACCAGGAACAUUGGAGGGGUGACUGCUGGCUAUUACAUCCUAGGAGACUCAGCAUAUCCUUUGCAGAACUGGCUCUUGAAACCCUUCCAAGACACAGGACGACUAACAGCAGAACAGCAGAUGUUCAACAGAAAAUUCAGUAGAGUAAGGGUGGUUGUUGAAAACGCUUUUGGCCGGCUUAAAGGAAGGUGGCGGUGCCUCCUGAAAAGGAACGACUCUGAUCUCCAACUGGUUAAGUCUAUGGUUAUGACUUGCUGUGCUCUGCACAACCUUUGUGAAAAUCAUGGAGAGACUUAUGAGACCGAGUUGACCGAGUUGGAUGUACAACCAGCAGAGCCUGGGGUGGCAGUGGCACAGGAUGUUGAGGGCAUCAAUGUACGGGAGGGUCUAAUGCAGUUCUUGUUGGCGAAUAAUUAAUGUUAGAAUACAUUUUGAAUUUGCCAUGUAGGUAUACACAUCACAUUUUGUAUGUUGUGAAAACAUUAAACUUUUAUACUUUUCAUACAUGUCUCCACUUUUGUUUUAUCAUUUGUAAAGGUUACCAAGAUUUACUGGCAUUAAAUGCUAAAAGAUUUAAGAAAAAUCGAGUAACAUUUGAAGGGAAAAUACACUAGACACCCUUUAAAAAAUGUGAACUGGGUCUGGUUUCUUUCUGAACCCUAAUUAAUAUAUAGGGGAAAAGGACAGCACUGGUCCUAUCACUUAAAGUUUAUAUUUAAACAUUUACACCAUUAUUUGGUAAAAUCUUAGAAUAUGAUUGCAGCUUCUUUGCAAAGAUUCAGCCAGGUGUAGGUUGGGCGGUAUAUAUUUUUCAAUACCUUUUAUAACUUUGCCACAUUAUGCCCCAGUAUGAUAUUACCUUAUGUUAAUAGACUUCCUAUUGCCUUUUUACAGACGGCACUUGAGCACCUCACAAUCCAAAAGAGGGUAAAGAACAAUUACUAGUUAUUUAUUUUGUGUGUAAUGACUUUUCCUACCAGUGUAAUGACAGAUGAAUUAGAAAAUCAUGAAACGAUCACAUAAGUUACUUAUAAUUUAUUAAAAACAGAAUAGGAGCAAAUCAGUGCAGCACAGCAAACUUUUAAACACAAAGAUGGAACAUAAACUUCUUACAAAAAGGUGGAAUAUAAACUAUUUACAAAAAAGUGGAAUAAUUAUUAUAUUUAUAAUAUAAUAUAAACUUGACUAGAGAAUCUGGGGCUGGGGGAGUGGUUCAAACACGUCGGUCACGCAUUGCCUCCACCAGUUGGCCGAACACACCAAGGAACGAUCGGUGGAACUCUGAAGUCUGUGCCGCCUCCUCUCUCCUCAAUGAUGCUUCCUGCUCCCUCGCUUCUCGGGCGUCAAUGAGGAGCAGCUGGAGGUGGUCGUCACGCUGGGCCCGGGCACGAUCCUGUUGGGCGAUGUCAUCGGAGUGCAUUUCUCUGAGACAGUCCGUCACUUGAGCCGAGUGCUCCUGUUGCGACAGGCUCCUUUUUCUCUUGUCUAGACAACAAUGAAGACAGGUAGAAAUGGGAGGUGGUUAACCAAAGCAAGUUUUAAAAA